CAACAACAUGGGAAAGAUUAAGAGAAACCGUCAGAAACUCCAUCUACAAGCAGUGAAACCUAGUAAUUCAAAGGACAAAGAUGAUGCUUUGAAGGCGAAUGAGUCUUCUCUUCCAGCCAUAUUCCCCACUAUGGGACUGUUUGAUGCAAAUGGUCAAGCCCGACCUGAUGAAUCUAAAGAUAAUCAAGACACACACAGUCAACUUGCCGACCAGAAAACUUCAUCGAACAAAAAGAACAGAAGAAAAGAACGACAUGAGCGUUUUCUGAGAAAACUACAUGCUGGCAGACUUGUUGAAGAAAGCAGCAAAAAAGCAAAGGAGAGGGCAAAGACAGUUGUUGUAGGUGACAUGGAACCACUUUUAUCAGCUCUACCAACCAUAAAUAUACCAGAUCUUAUAACAAGCACAAAAUCCUCUAAUAUUGGCAAUGGAAAAGAGAAGUUUGCCAAAAAUAGGAAAAAGAUGAGUAAAAAAUCCCGCCAAGCUCUACAUGCCAGUGAAAUUGCCCAUUUUCAGGAAGUUGUUAAACAUCCAGCCUUCAAAGCCGACCCACUUGCUGCCAUUUCUGAACAUAUUAAAAAUGCUAUACAGAGAGAACAUGAAAAUCAGACUGAAGGCUAGAAAUUAUAUUGUCAACUGGGUUUAAAAA